CUGUGUAUUUGUCCUAACCAAUGUGUCGGCGGUUGUUACAUUACCCACACCAUUUUCGGACACGCCCGACAAACGAACGGACCUAUCUGGGCUUGCCAGAAUACGUCGUUUCCAGAGAACUUCUGCAGCAGACACAAAGUCGCCGUUGUGAAAAGCACCCUGGCGAUCGAUAUGAAAGACGCGAUUAAUGAAAGUACGAUUCACGUUUUCAACAUCACUCAGUUUGUAAACAGCCGAUUUAUCCGGUGGGAGCCGCCUGAAGAUCCGAACGGCGCCGUCGUGUCGUACGAAGUCGAUUACGUAGGCGCUGCAACUGUCGUCGUUACACAAGUUCAAGCGCGAAUGCAUCACGCACCUUUGCAUGACCUGUCGCCCGGUAAUUACUCAUUUCGCGUCAGGGCGAUGUCGCUAGCGUCGCGCGGUCCGUGGACCCGUUACCAGAACUUCAUCAUCGUCGAGCCUCGCAGACUAUCAGAGUCGACCAUUAUUCUGAUCGCUGUCUCUUGCUCGUUGAUCGCUAUUGCCCUCGGCGUAUUCCUGGUAAUCUCGAUAUAUCGGCGCAAGUUUCAAAAGAAACUGCAGAACGCAUUCUCCGCCAACCCGGAGUACAUUAUCCUCAAGUCGCCGUACGCCGUUGUGUACGGUCGACAUGAAAUCGGGCAUGGAACGUUUGGCAAAGUUUACGCCGGUAGAGGCAAGAACGUGAAAUCUGUGAGCGGCAUUACGUUCGGCAAUUGCGCUGUUAAAACCGUGUCCGAGGCGGCCUCGGUGUACGAUCGGUGGCAUUUCCUGAUAGAAGCGUCGGUAAUGAAGAAGUUCAACACGGCUUUCAUCGUCAAGCUAUACGGCGUGGUCAGCGAGGGACAGCCGUCGCUAGUCGUCAUGGAGAUGAUGGAAAACGGCAAUCUGAAGGACUAUCUUCGAUCAAGGAGACCGGACACGGACGAAAGUGCUCAAAGUACUAUUCCGCCAACAGUUACGGAAUUCUAUCAGUGGGCCGCGGAAAUAGCCGACGGAAUGGCUUAUCUGGAGGCUAUAAAGUUCUGCCAUCGAGAUCUUGCGGCGCGAAACUGUAUGGUAUCUGCUGACGGCACGUGUAAAAUAGGGGACUUCGGGAUGGCUCGUGAUGUUUAUAUUAAAGACUAUUACCGCCCACAGGGUGGCAGACGACUGAUGCCGGUGCGCUGGAUGGCUCCGGAAGCCUUAAAGGAUGCCAUAUUCACGUCCAAGUCUGACAUAUGGUCGUAUGGCGUGGUACUGUGGGAAAUCACAUCGCUUGCUUCGCAUCCGUACGGAGGAUUUUCGAAUGAGGACGUCAUGAGAUACGUUGUCGAUCACCGAAAGGUUAUGAAGAUGCCGAACGACUGCCCUGUAAAGCUGUAUGAUAUAAUGCUACGAUGUUGGCAGUACGAGCCGAGAGACAGACCUUCGUUUGCUGAUUUGAUCGACAUUCUUUUCGACUAUAUACCUAUACGUGUACCGUCCUUAUGUUUGCUUGCGGAUGACAGUCAGUUACUAGAACUAGCUGUCAGUUACAUACAAAAGCAGUUGAACGUAUUGCCAAUGCCUAGACUUCGAGAAGUGCCACAUAAUCGAUUGUCGUUUUCAUUUCGAAUUAGGUACUCGUUAAAUCAGCGUUACAAAAGUUAG